AAAGUAGAGAAAGUUAAGGUUCGAGCAGCACGAACGGACGUUACGAAGAGGAAGCUAUCCGACAGAGUUUAUUUUACCAUGACAGAGUCAAAUAUGAGUGCACAGGAGUGGUACCGCAAGGGUUGCGAAGAGUAUCAAAAAGACAAUUGGUCUGUAGCAUUAAGUCACUACACAAACGCACUGAAACUAGAAGAGGAAACUAAAUGUAAAUGCAAAGGAAUGUACUACACAAAUCGAGCUCUUACUUAUUUUAAGCUAAGCGAUUACGAGAAAGUGAUUGAAGACUGCAACAGUGUAUUAAAGAUAUGUUGUAUGGGAGCGUUGUAUACAAGAAGUAAAGCACUAGAAGCGUUAGAAAGAUUCGAGGAGGCAUGUUGGGAUGUAGAGACGAUUAUUUCAUCUGAUCCCAACAACAAAGUUUUUCAACGCUUAGGGAGACGCUUGCUUAAAAUUGUACAAGAACAUAAGGAAAACUCACAUACUAGUCCUAAGGUAUCAGAAAUGCUGGAUCUAGCAUUUGACGUGAACGCCAGUGAAAAGGAACGUGAAAUCGCUAUGAAUAAUUUACUUGUGCUCGCACGUGACGAAACUGGUGCCGAGGAGAUCGUCAAAAAGGAAGGUGUAUCCAAAAUCGUUCAACUUGUGAAAGUGGAAAAGAACGAGGGAGUGAUCUGCAGCGCGAUUCGUAUUGUAGGCGAGUUAUGCGAAAACAAUUUCAGUCGAACUAAGUUCGUUAUGAAACACGUCGGUCUGUCUUGGUGUUUGGAACUAAUGAACAGCACAUCUAUAGAGAGAGUUAACGCGUCUCAAUAUUGUUUACAG